AUGGCAAUGACCAAGAUGCAGAUGCAGGUGGUAGACCCCCCCACCCCCUCAAAGCCCUGCACAACCUACGAAACCAUGUGCAGCCACUGCAAAUUCCACUACGUCCAGCUCCGGCACCUCGCCGUCCUCCCCGAAGACCUCACCUACACACGCGGCACCUUCCCCGUGAUCUUCACCAUCCACGUCAAGCUCGACCUAGGGCUGGACGAGAAGCUCGUGCACGUGGACCACGGCGAAUCUGCCGUGCAGACAAUGCGGGCCAAGUUGCUGGAGACGUAUUUCGUCGCCGUGCCGAUCUACAGCCACUACAGCUCACGAACGGAGAACGGGACGACGCACGUGCAUCAGAGUCUGCUGUUUGAUUUCCCCUGGCGCGUGAAUGGGACGAAGGCGUGGAGGGCUUUUGUUGCGAGGUACGUGAGUAUUGCCGUGUUUGAGAAACGGCAUACGUUUAGGCCCAAGGCGCGGGUUAUGCCGGCUCCGGAGGAGUGGGAGGUUACGGUGCCCGGGGCUCAGGAGGAAGGGCAUCUUUGUUGGGUUAGGUUGAGGUGGUUUCUUGAGAGGGAGGGGGUUGGGGCGUUUAUUUAA